GCGUCCCAGAAUCCAAGAUGGCGGUGUCCAGGCGGCGGGGUCCCCAGGCUGGAGCGCAGUCGUUCUUCUGCGCCCUGCUGCUGUCUUUCAGCCAAUUCGUCGGGAGCGACGGCAUGGGAGGCGAUGCUGCGGCUCCCGGCACCGCAGGCACCCAGGCCGAGUUGCCACACCGCCGUUUCGAGUACAAAUACAGCUUUAAGGGGCCGCAUCUGGUGCAGAGCGAUGGGACCGUGCCCUUUUGGGCCCACGCGGGGAAUGCUAUUCCAAGUGCAGAUCAGAUCCGAAUAGCACCGUCCUUAAAGAGCCAAAGAGGUUCCGUGUGGACCAAAACGAAAGCAGCCUUCGAGAACUGGGAAGUGGAAGUGACAUUCCGAGUGACCGGAAGAGGUCGAAUUGGAGCUGAUGGCUUAGCAAUUUGGUAUACAGAAAACCAAGGCUUGGACGGCCCUGUGUUUGGAUCAGCUGAUAUGUGGAAUGGUGUUGGAAUAUUUUUUGAUUCUUUUGACAAUGACGGAAAGAAAAACAAUCCUGCUAUAGUAGUUGUAGGCAACAAUGGACAAAUCAAUUAUGACCACCAAAAUGAUGGUGCCACUCAAGCCUUAGCAAGUUGUCAGAGGGACUUCCGUAAUAAACCCUAUCCUGUCCGGGCAAAGAUUACCUAUUACCAGAAAACACUGACAGUCAUGAUCAAUAAUGGCUUUACACCAGAUAAAAAUGAUUAUGAAUUCUGUGCCAAAGUGGAAAAUAUGGUUAUCCCCACACAAGGGCAUUUUGGGAUAUCUGCUGCAACAGGAGGUCUUGCAGAUGACCACGAUGUUCUCUCUUUCCUGACUUUCCAACUAACCGAGCCCGGAAAAGAGCCACCUACGCCAGAAAAAGACAUUUCAGAAAAAGAAAAGGAAAAGUAUCAAGAGGAGUUUGAACACUUCCAGCAAGAAUUAGAUAAGAAGAAGGAGGAAUUCCAGAAGGGCCACCCUGACCUCCAGGGGCAGCCAGCGGAUGACAUCUUCGAGAGCAUAGGCGAUCGGGAGCUGAGACAAGUGUUUGAAGGACAGAAUCGCAUUCACCUGGAGAUCAAGCAACUUAACCGGCAGCUGGAUAUGAUUCUCGAUGAGCAGAGGAGAUAUGUGUCUUCUCUGACAGAGGAGAUUUCCAGGAGAGGAGCAGGGACCCCAGGACAGCCUGGGCAGGUCUCCCAGCAGGAACUGGACACUGUUGUGAGGACCCAGCAGGAGAUUUUGAGACAAGUGAAUGAGAUGAAGAACUCCAUGAGUGAGACCGUGCGGCUGGUUAGUGGCGUCCAGCACCCGGGCUCGGCCGGCGUCUACGAGACAACCCAGCACUUCAUGGACAUCAAGGAGCACCUGCACAUCGUGAAGAGAGAUAUCGACAGCCUCGCGCAGCGCAGCAUGUCAUCUAAUGAAAAACCAAAAUGCCCAGAUCUACCAGCAUUCCCGUCGUGUCUGUCCACGGUCCACUUUGUGAUAUUUGUGGUGGUGCAGACGGUGUUGUUCAUUGGCUACAUCAUGUACAGGACUCAGCAAGAAGCAGCUGCCAAAAAAUUCUUCUGACCUUCAUUUUCCUAUGUGUACGUCAUGUAUGUAUGUGCAAAUGUUGUCUUUCUGGGGGAAUUUAGUAUUUAAAUUGCUUCAUAGUCUAAGUUAUUAAAUUUUGUAUAAAAUAACUUGAAAACAUUCAUUUUUCAGUAAAAAUAAAUGUUAAAGAUAACCACAUUUUGUUCAUAGUACUACAUGUCUUUAAAUUUCAGUGAGUCUGUGGUAGGCAGAGUGCAGCCACUGAACAGAGUAAUGGCAAGUCAAGACCUAAAGACACUGGGCAGCCACUGUGUGGUGAUACCCUCUGUGUCGCUGUUAGUGCAGGGUUCUUUAUUUACGUAAAUAAACUUGUCCUUUCCCCUAUAAUAUGAGGUCUAAACAAGAGCAUCCUAUUCAUGUGACCAAAGUCACUUUUAGAAGUGAGAAUUCCCUAAUGCUAGAGUGGGUUUAACCAUCCUUUGGCCCCAACAUAGCUUCUUCCGGGAUCAGUGACUUGUCUGAGAGCUUUAACCUACAUGCCAGGAAUCGGAGCAUUUAAAGGCCCCGAUGCCUCCCCGUGUUCAGUGUGUAUUUCACUCUUAAAGGAAACUUUGGUGGAAACCACUAACUACGUUCUGCCUCCGUCACUUCGGUGACAACAUCCCUAUGAUGACGAUUUUUAACGGGUAUUUUUCUGGCAGUGUAUUCAUUCGUGAUGACGCUGUCCUGAAAGUGUCAAUGACGUGACAGAAAUGAUCUUUAUACUUUUAAUUUGUGAAACUUAUUUCUCCCAUUUUGUUGAACAUGUAGUUUAGCUCCAAUUGCGUGUUCCGUGGCUAUUUUAAUUUACAGAACUUACCAGUACAUUCUGACUUACAUUUAAUCUACGUAACCCAAGGUUUCUGACUUGCAGACUCUUAAAUAGAGGAGGCUGUAGUGGAAGCAGCUUUGAGCUAUUUGAAAGCAAAUUUGUAAAGUGAAUAAUUUACUGUUUGUCCUUUAAACGCUAGAAAUAAGGAUGUUGUGAAACGUCCAUCAGUGAAUCAAUCAUUGGGCUGGAAAGAUUUGCUGUCAGCACAUAGUUAGUCAUAGGUAUUUGAGAAACCAUCUGUGACAUUUUAAAGUGCAGAUUUCACUUCUCUUUUCACAGCUGGGCUAGACUUUCGCUGGCUUCAAGACAAUUUACCUCUUAUUAAAGUAAUGGUCUCGUUUGCUUUGGGAUCCAGAACAACACUGUUUAGUAUAUAUGCAACUAAAUUGUUGUAAGCCUUUGUAAGUUUCCUCUCAGAUGUCAUUUGGAGAUUGGUCUGACAACCUAAGAUCUAUAUAAGACUUUAUGAAGAACGGUCUACAUUGUGGCACUACCUAACCCGCACCGCGUGUGCAGUCUCUUUGCGUGUUAUCCUAGAAGUGUCACGGUGCACUCACAGUGACUGCACAGAACUCCCUGUGGCACCAAGUGCUCCUUACCUUCUCCCCUGGAGCUGGCUUUUGACAGUCAUGUUCUAAUAGAGUGUCAUCUCAGAACUCCAGACAAGUGUCUGAUGUAGACUAGGAGUCUUGGGAAAUCUUCUUGAGAUAAAGGCUACCAAAGCCAGUGUUACCAAGUCCAUAGUCAUGUGAGCCUGGAUGCUAAAGGAAUCCCAAAUCUGGGCAGUGUACAUUUUCAGGCUCAAGUCCAUGGAGAAGCACACUGGUCGUUCCUAAUGUGAUUGCAGCCAGCCACUGCAGCAGGAGCAGGGGUCCUUUUACUUCCCAGUUGCUUAGAGAAUCACUCAGCAAGGUAGUUCAGAUCGUAUAUCUGUCUUUAUUUGUUUUUCAAAAUCAUUAAGUCUAAAUAGCUCACUUCUGAGCAAAACCCUGCUCUGUGGACAAUUAUCACUGCCAGAAUCCUCCAUUUCUGUAGUGUCCUGUGUGAUUGGAAUAACUCAACUUCUCACACCAGCAAGGAUUUUACAGGUGCCUUGGAUUAAAACAGAAUUUUUUUUAAAAAAAAAUUUAAGUCUUUAUUUACAAUGCCACUUUUAAAAGAAAUCUCAAUUAUGGAAUUGCCGAUAGGCCUGUUUAACGCCACUUGUGGUAGAAUUAUUUAAAUGCUUUUUUCCUUUAAAACUUCACCGUGAAGUCACAGACAAUAACCAGUGUUUUAUCAUGUAUUGAAGGCACAUGAGUGUUUCUCAGAGUAUUGCCCAUGGACCAACCAUUCAGUUCAUGGGAUGCUUAUUAAGAAUACAGAUUCCAAGGCCCCAUUCCAGUUCACGCACAUCACAACUCAGGUGGGGCUUUCGAGUGUCUGUUCCACAGACACCACAGACAUAGCACACUGACAGUUGAGAACCACUAGAAUGGGGAGUAGGGAAAACAUGUUUGAUGGGUGUUUAUUUGUGGGCGCAGAGCUGAGCCACGCACAUUGAGACCGGCGUCUGUGCCUGUGCUUCUGCACAUCUCAGUGUUCACUAACUCUCCAUUCACUAGCAACUGCAAACUAAGUCCAGGCUGUUGGCUGGCCUCUCCGCUCUUCAGUGAUGACUUUGACCUGUUGAAUCAUCUUUGGCUCAUGGCAAAGCGUAACUCUGAAGCUUGCCUGCCGAAGCCGUUGCCUUCCUGAUAGUCACCACUGGUCAUCUCAGACGACUGCACAUGUUGAUAACAUGAGGAACAUGGGAAAGACUUGAAUAAGGGUCGCUCACCUGCUGCUCUUCCGAGUAAAGAACGUAUCACUGUGGUUACCGACUCUGACUCUUUGCAGUACCCACGUGCUGGUUGGCGGAAGGCAAUGAACAAAUUGGUCAUCGGGAACUUUGUAAGAUUUAGGGUGGGAUCAGCUCUUAGAACUUUUAAAUCUGUAUGUUGCCCAUUUUAAUAUAUUUCUCUUAUGAUGUUAAAGUUUAAAAGGGUUUUCUAUCCACUGUCAAUUUUAAUUAUAUAACAUUUUGUCAAGGUUUUGUUUGUUUUUGUUUUCCUUUUCUGAUUGUUACUUGAUGCUAGCUGGAAUUCAAAAAAAUGUCAAUGACUUUAUUCAAAUAAAAGAAAUAUUUUAGUAAA